AUGAGCCAGGUCAGAGGUAAUCGUAAGGUUUCUGAGAGAAGUUACAGCUUCACAAUUUCCACUCCUCCGUAUGCUUUGCCGGCCCGUGCGGCUUACCGUUUCUCCUGAGACUUAAACCAGGCGUACAUGAAUCGAUAGAGACCUCGUUUUAAGAAAGUCAAAACCGAAUGUGUUAACAAUCCCCCAUUUGCAGCUGUCUCUGAUCGGAGUGGUGGCGAACUGGACGGUCGCCCUGCUCAUCCGCCAACUUCCGUCGCUGAAUAACUCGUUCGGCCGUCUGACCGCUUCUCAAUCGGUCGGCGACGCGCUUCACUCCACCCUCUUCGCCUUUUACUUUGUGCCCAUGUGUCUUUUGUGAGUCGCUCAUGCCAAUCGUCGAUUUCAGAAAUUGUGUGUUCAGCAACAUUGACGUCCUGAAAAAGUACUCGAUUCACUGCGGUCAUUUGCUUCUCAUCGCCUACGACAUCUCCACUUAUUCCCAUUUUUGCAUCUCGAUCAACCGCUUCUGCUCGAUCGUCUCGCCGAUCAAAUACGAAACGAUUUUCAGGUACCACCACGACUUUAUUUGUUUGUUUUUAACUUCUGGAAGCCGAAUUUCAGCAUGUCCAACACCAAAAAGCUCAUAAUGUUCUCCUGGGCGCUCGCCAUUCUUCCCACUUUCUACCUUUAUGUCUACAGUAAUCUUAAACCUUUUAAAACACAUGUUCUGGCCAAUUUCAGACGAUUGCAACUUCUACUAUAUCGAAGAUUUCUGGGUGUUCACCUUCAAAAACACGCCCGUCUGCAAUACAAUCGUCUGGUACGCCGACUUUCUCAAGUACAACUCGAUCGUUCUCACAAUUGUGAUCAUCGACGUGAUUACCGUGUCGAAAGUCCGACAUUUCAAGGCUCACGUAGGAAAGUGGUACGGAAACCGCAUAUAUUUAAUAUUGUAGCUCUCAAAAACCGUGUCACAAGCGCAGUCAAAGCGAAAGAGCAGCGAGAUGAACUUUCUGAAGCAGGCGUGUCUCCAAGCCUUUGUUUUUGUCUGCGAACUCAUCACCUACUUCAUAAUCACUCCGAGAGUCGACGGAACUGAGCGUUGGCUCCGAUUCUUCCUCUCCACCGUCGCCUGGGUCUGUGUUCACAUGAUUGAUGGGUCUGUCUUCACCAACAAAAAACCGCCUAGCACCCGCAUUUUCCUUGCAGAAUAAUCACUCUGAGCUUCAACAACGAAUUCACUCAAACCAUCUGUCGUCGCAUCAAAAUCAGUGGGUCAUAUACCCUUUUUUUCAGAUUCUCUAAAAAAUUAAAUUUUCCAGAAGACCUCUCCGCCUACACUUCUUCUAAUCUUCCGGAGAACACCUCGACAAAUGUUAGCCACCACCACAUCGUCUCGAGAUUCUGA